UCGUUCUGUCAUUCGUGUAUCAAAAUUUAUACUAAUUUGUUUAUUUAUUUUAAUUUAUAUAACAAAAAUUACCUGAAUUAGGAACAAAACAUGUUAUAAAAUGACUCACAUUUUUAUUUAAGGUUAAGUGAAAUAAUUUCUAUUUAUUAUUGGCAUCCAAGUUGAAGGAAGUAAGAAGGCCUAGCCUUUAAAACUGCCAGCAAUAAUAUGAGUAACAAAGACAAACUUUCAAAGGCGGCAUCAGUGCAAGAUACCGCCCCUCCUUGGGAUGCUCCGCUGAGUGCAAAAUAUAUGAGGAGUUUUGCAUAUGUUACAGUCAAGGACAGAUUGCCAGUGAUUUUAACAAAGGUUAUAGAUGGUUUGUCAAGAGAUAAAGAAUCUAUUGCAGCAGUUUAUGGUGAGGAAGGUAAGGAGGAUGUGAAGAGAGUUAUAAGCUGUUUAUCCCAGCUAAAGAAUGAGAUGGUAACCGACAAGUAUUUCACACAGCUGGUCUGCGGUGAAGACGCUUCAAAAUGGAAUAUUUAUUGGCGAAACAAAACCGAAAACGGAACAACAGUGUCUUGGUACAAGACAGAAUGGCUCUACGCUGAGUGCUAUCUGUACCGAAGAAUAAAGGAAGCUUUCUUGCUGAGCAAAAAGCUAGGUGACUACGACCCAUUCCAUAAACAAAAGACAGAAGCUGUCGAAGAAGCUUUACAUUUUAUGGAUGCAAUGGCCAUAUAUUUGGUUAAACUUUUUGAAGAUCAUGAUAUAAGAUGGGAUGCCAUGCAUUCGGAUUUCCAACGUGUGUUAAAGCAUUCUUUGUGGGCCAACAGAGUCGACUUAUCCAUGUCUAGUGGAAAUCAUGUGGAGGUGAAAGGCGAUCCGUUUAAACUGUUGGAUGAAUUUGAUGAGUUUAUUCUCAUAGACAACUCACAUGACAUCUGGGUAGAAAUCUCUAAAUCCUCAAUUGUCAAAGACCUCAUCAUAGAUAUUGUACUGGACAACACUGGCUUGGAACUCAUGAUGGAUUUAUGUCUCGCCGACUAUCUGACUUCUAUGUACAACGCAGUGAGGGUGAGGUUCCAUUGCAAAGCUAUCCCGUGGUUUGUCUCUGAUGUGAUGGAGAAAGACUUUCACCAGGUGAUAGAGAGACUUUCCAACCACACUCCUGCCUGUCAACAGUUGGCAGCUCGCUGGCAUGACUACUUGGACCAUGGUAAGUGGAGUGUUCACAGUGAGCCGUUUUGGACUUUGCCCUUUUCUUACAACGAGAUGAAGGAGCAAGACCCCAAGCUGCACAGUAUGUUGGCUGAGAGCAGCAUCAUCAUUUUCAAGGGGGAUCUCAACUAUCGCAAGUUGCUCGGAGAUAUCAACUGGAAGUACACAACUCCGUUUCAUGCGGCUCUGAGAGGCUUCAACCCUGCUCCAAUUGUAGCCCUGCGCACCGCCAAGGCAGAUCUGAUUGCCGGACUUGAUCCAUACGUGUUUGAACCUGUUGCUGCCAAAAACAGAAACUGGCUCCUAACAGGGGACUAUGGACUAAUCCAGUUUGAUGGCACAAACACAAAAAACAAUCUGGAGAGUGAAGUGAGCAGUGAAAUUAAAAAACUUGCUUUAUAACUCCAAACUCUGUUUUCCUAUCAUUUAAUUUCUCUUGCAAUGUACCUGUGAUUUUUAAUAAACUGUUUACUGUUGUUUUAUUUAA